GCGCCCGGGCACCGAGACCCAGGCGAGCUGGAGCGCUUUCCGCGGGGUUUGGCUCCUGUCGCUUCCCGUCUCGCAGGACCCGCAUCGCGGCGGGUCCUCAGAGCCGGGCUGCGGGGCGCGGGCCGCGCCGGGAGGGGGCGCGGAGCCAGCGGCUCCCGGACGCAGACGCAGGGAAAUGGAUAGGUGAUAAAGGGUGGUGCAUGAUGCCCCCUCUGAAGAACAGAAGAGAGAAAAGGGAACCAAUUGGUGGAAGCCUGCUAGAGAUAGGGAAACCAGAUUGAGCGCUUUGUGUAUCAGCAAGCUCUGCCACCAUAGAUCUGAGUAGGUGGGCAGAAGAGUGACCACGAUGAAAAGAACUGAAGAAUUGAUAACUCAAAGUCAUAAUCAAGAAGACAUAAGUAUUCUUCGUUGUUGGAAAUGUAAAAAAUGUAUAGCAAGUUCUGGUUGUUUGAUGAAGUAUCUUGAGAAUCAAGUGAUUACAGAUAGACAUGAUUCUGCUGAUGAUCAAAGUAUUUGUAAUGUGUGGCACAUGGAUAUAGAAGCUCUUCCAGAAUGGAUAAACUGCCUAAUACAAAAAGCCCAGUGGACAGUUGGAAAACUGAAUUGCCCUUUCUGUGGGGCCCGUUUAGGGGGCUUUAAUUUUGUCAGCACUCCAAAAUGUUCCUGUGGCCAGCUUGCAGCUGUACAUCUCUCUAAGAGCUGGACCGAUUAUCAGCCAACACGGGCAGGCCGACUAAUGAGACCAUCGCUGAAAUACUUGUCACAUCCUAGAGUUCAGUCAGGUUGUGACAAGGAAACUCCGCUGACAGGUGGCGCCUCCAGAAACAGAAAUCACGGGUUUUUAAAUAUGGCCCAAAAUAAUAAUGGCCCUGGAAGAUUAACAGAAGCACUCUGCCUGGAGGUACGGUCAACAUAUUUUCAGAUGAAGAAUGAAAAACUGCUCUUCAAAGCAUCAGAUCCAAAAUACCAGCUUUUUGUUCCUCAGCUUGUGACUGGCAGAUGCACUACAAGAGCUUUUCAUAGGAAAUCACAUAGUUUGGAUCUGAACAUCAGUGAGAAACUGACUUUAUUACCCACAUUUUAUAAAAUACAUAGUAAGACUACUGCCUGUCCCAGGCUAAAUGAAACACAGCCUAUUCACCUUUCUGGCUUGCCUUUAGAAUCUAGUAAAAAUAACUGUUCCUUUCAGAUUUCAUCCAAUUUUGAUCCUAAUAUGCUGCUGCAAAGAUUUUCAGUGGCUCCCCGUGAGACCCAGACACAAAGAGGAGGAGAAUUUCAGUGUGGUCUAGAAGCUUCUGCAGUGUACUCUGACCAUGCGAGUUCUAACAACCUGACUUUCCUGAUGGACCUGCCCUCAGCUGGCAGGAGCAUGCUGGAGGCCUCGGACCAGGAAGAGCCCCUCUCUGCACUGGACUUCCUACGCUCGGGCAGUUUCUCCUUGGGGGCCAUUAAUCAGAGGCUCAGUAAGAGAGAAAGGAGCAAGUUGAAAAAUCUGAGAAGGAAACAACGAAGGCAUGAAAGAUGGCUACAGAAGCAGACUUUGAAUAAUGAGAUGAGUACAGAUGAUGACAAUGAAUAUGCAGAAGAAAAGGAAAGUUACAUCUGUGCAGUGUGUCUGGAUGUUUAUUUCAACCCAUACAUGUGUUACCCUUGCCACCAUAUCUUCUGUGAGCCCUGCUUACGGACUCUUGCCAAAGACAAUCCUGCAAGCACUCCCUGCCCAUUGUGUCGGACAAUUAUUUCCAGAGUCUUUUUCCAGACAGAACUGAACAAUGCCACAAAAAGAUUCUUUCCUAAAGAAUAUUUGAAAAUAAAACAAAGCUUUCAGAAAUCCAGCUCUGCAAAAUGGCCCCUACCAAGCUGUAGAAAAGCAUUCCAUCUUUUCGGAGGUUUCCACAGACGUGCAGCUCCAGUUACAAGAAGGCAAUUCCCACAUGGUGCACAUAGGAUGGAUUAUCUGCACUUUGAGGAUGAUAGCCGUGGAUGGUGGUUUGACAUGGAUAUGGUGAUCAUCUAUAUUUAUUCAGUGAACUGGGUCAUUGGAUUCAUUGUUUUCUGCUUUCUUUGCUAUUUUUUCUUUCCGUUUUAGGAAUUUUCAUACCUUACUACAGUUGAACAAUCACAAAUGAUGUAGAUAGCAAUUAAACCUUUUUAAAAUGUGCUUUGAAGUUUUUAUAAUGUUGCAUUAUAUAAAUUGGUGUUUAUAGAAAGUAUGAGAAUAAUGGACUUAUUUAUUAAUGUUUUUCACGUAACGAACUACAGUUUAUUCAGGAGCUAGUCUGUCUAGCACUUAGCAACAAUGCACUAUUAAUUUCAUAAUUAAUUUCAUAAUUCCUUCUGGUUUAGGAUUUAUGGGCUCUGAUUUUACAAUACCGCUUUUAUACUUAAUUGUAAAGACUGAGGUUUUCCCUCCACUGAAAAGUAGUAAAAAUACAAAAUGAAAUGAUAAUCUGGGUAGAUAGUAUCUUUGCUGAAAAAAUAUCUAGUCAAUCACCACUUAUUCUUAGGCAAAUUAUGUGCAUUAGAGAUAAAUUAUAUUUUCUGGGAACUAAUCUAACAGGGUAUAUUCAGUUUUGGUUUCCAAUUAUCUCUACCUAUUUCCUGUCCUAUUAAAAAAGCUGGCUAUUCUUUAUACAGACCUAAUAAUAGCAUUAGUGCAACAUUUUUAAUUAUUAUAAAAACAGAAUAGUAAAUGCAAAAAGCCUGAGACCCCCAAUAGACAGAGAAAUAUAUUAAUACUUUCCAAAUUGCAGGAUGACUCACCUGAAGAAAUAAAAUACUUACUUAUUUUCAGUAGUUUAAAAGAGCAAUGCAUGUCCAAAAUGUAACCAAUUUAGUGAUUUAACACAGAGGUUGUCAAAUAUAUUGUAAAUGUGCAAUAAAG